AGCCCCCAGGCAGCCCUCACUCGCAGCCUUGUUCCCCCCGAGCGGAGCUGCGGGGCCGGCCGGGCCGGGGCGGACCCCGGGAACCCGGACGCGGCCGCCCGGGCCCGCGGGCGGGGGGAUCGGAGGGGUCACCGGCGACAGAAGCAGCCACCAUGGAGUUCCGCCAGGAGGAGUUUCGGAAGCUAGCGGGUCGCGCCCUCGGGAGGCUGCAUCGUCUUCUGGAGAAGCGACAGGAAGGUACGGAGACGUUGGAACUGAGUGCCGAUGGGCGCCCAAUGACGACGCAGACACGGGACCCGCCGGUUGUGGACUGCACCUGCUUUGGCCUCCCUCGCCGCUACAUUAUCGCCAUCAUGAGCGGUCUGGGCUUCUGCAUCAGCUUUGGCAUCCGGUGUAACCUGGGCGUGGCCAUUGUCUCUAUGGUCAACAACAGCACGACCCACCGCGGGGGCCACGUGGUGGUGCAGAAAGCCCAGUUCAGCUGGGAUCCAGAGACUGUCGGCCUCAUACACGGCUCCUUUUUCUGGGGCUACAUUGUCACUCAGAUUCCUGGAGGAUUUAUCUGCCAAAAAUUCGCAGCCAACAGGGUUUUCGGCUUUGCCAUUGUGGCUACCUCCUCCCUCAACAUGCUGAUUCCCUCAGCUGCCCGCGUCCACUAUGGCUGCGUCAUCUUCGUGAGGAUCCUGCAGGGGUUGGUAGAGGGAGUCACAUAUCCAGCCUGCCAUGGGAUCUGGAGCAAAUGGGCCCCACCAUUAGAACGGAGUCGCUUGGCAACGACAGCCUUUUGCGGUUCCUAUGCUGGGGCAGUGGUCGCGAUGCCCCUCGCCGGGGUCCUGGUGCAGUAUUCUGGAUGGAGCUCUGUUUUCUACGUCUACGGCAGCUUCGGGAUCUUCUGGUACCUGUUCUGGUUGCUCGUCUCCUACGAGUCCCCGGCACUGCAUCCCAGCAUCUCGGAGGAGGAGCGCAAGUACAUCGAGGACGCCAUUGGCGAGAGCGCCAAACUCAUGAACCCCGUCACGAAAUUUAACACACCCUGGCGGCGUUUCUUUACAUCCAUGCCAGUCUACGCCAUCAUAGUGGCCAACUUCUGCCGGAGUUGGACGUUUUACCUGCUCCUUAUCUCCCAGCCCGCCUACUUUGAAGAAGUGUUCGGCUUCGAGAUCAGCAAGGUGGGCCUGGUGUCAGCAUUGCCACACCUGGUCAUGACCAUCAUCGUGCCCAUCGGCGGUCAGAUCGCCGACUUCCUGCGGAGCCGCCGUAUCAUGUCUACUACUAACGUGCGCAAGUUGAUGAACUGUGGGGGCUUCGGCAUGGAAGCCACGCUGCUGCUGGUGGUCGGCUACUCGCACUCCAAGGGUGUGGCCAUCUCCUUCCUGGUCCUCGCCGUGGGCUUCAGCGGCUUUGCCAUCUCUGGGUUCAACGUGAACCACCUGGACAUCGCCCCGCGCUACGCUAGCAUCCUCAUGGGCAUCUCCAACGGUGUGGGCACGUUGUCGGGCAUGGUGUGCCCUAUCAUCGUGGGAGCCAUGACUAAACACAAGACUCGGGAGGAGUGGCAGUACGUGUUCCUAAUUGCUUCUCUGGUGCACUAUGGGGGAGUCAUCUUCUAUGGGGUCUUUGCUUCUGGAGAGAAGCAGCCAUGGGCAGAGCCGGAGGAGAUGAGCGAGGAGAAGUGUGGCUUCGUUGGCCAUGACCAGCUGGCUGGCAGUGACGAAAGUGAAAUGGAGGAUGAGGCUGAGCCCCCCGGGGCACCCCCUGCUCCUCCUCCUUCCUAUGGAGCCACACACAGCACAGUUCAGCCCCCAAGGCCCCCACCCCCUGUCCGGGGCUACUGACCACGUGCCUCCCACUGAAUGGCAGUUUCCAGGACCUUCACUCCUCACAUUGCUGGCCUGAAUGACAGUGGCAAGGAACCCCACUCCCCUCUGUCCUGCCUCAGGCCUAAGAAACAGUCUCCCUUGUUCCCAGUGCUGUCGAAUCCUCUUCCCUUCCCAACUGCCUCUCAGGCGUGGUGAAGUUGCCUAUUGGCAGUUUCAAGGAUACCUGAAUUCCCCUAAGGUUUUCCUCCUUCUCCCAUUCUGCCUCAGAGGUUCCAAAUCUCUCUUUUCAGGGCUUUAUUUGAAUGGACAGUUCAACUUCUUAGUCUCUUGUGGUUUUGAGGCACCUCACCCUUUCCUUGAAUUCCAGGAAUGCUCAGGCUAACCCCUGAGACCCACCCUCCCCAAAAAGUUCAAGGUCCUCCUCCUGAAGUUCCAAAUUUCACCUCACUCUAUUCUGUAUUUCCUAGGUUGGUUUAACCAAUCACCCAUCCCCGCCAUUCCAGGGAUUAAUUCUCACCAGCGUUUAUGAGGGGAAAUGGUGGUUUCAAGUCUCCCCUCUCCUCCUUUCACCCCUUCCUUCACCAGCAGAUCCUGCUGAAGGACUAAAUUCCCCCAUCCUUCUCCUUUAGCUUAGUACAAUGUCUGGGGAAACAACCAAAAUGGCAGUUUUGACAAAAUGCCUCUUUCUAUCCCAUGCACUUUUUCUGAGUUUUCAGGUCUAAAAUAGGGGCUGCUUGACUCAAUUUAAUUGUUUGAAGCCACCACCAUUGAACUUCCCCUUGGUGGCUUCAAGGUGCCCUCUUCCCCCUAAAUCCUUGCACUUUAUUCUCCUGGGUGGUUUCAAACUACCCUUAGUUUCUCAGUGGCCAUUUGUUGUGUCCCUCAGGGGUUAAAUGACUCAGAAUCUGGGAUCCUUCUCUCCCAGAUACCCCUCUUUCAGCUUAGAAUUUGGGGAAUAAUGUAGAAGUCACAGAAUCCCAGGAAGGGAAUGAAGCUCCUAGAGAGGGGUGUUUUGCCUGGGCAGGGUUGUGUCUUGGUGUUUCUGUCUGUGACCGUAAAUCCUGCCCUGCCCCACUCCCAAUAAAAAGCUCUGGUGUACAG